AUGACCGUCGACGCCAUCGUAAGCGACAUUGAGCUCCCGAGCAAUGGCGCGCCCGAGUCUCAACACUCGCUCGCCGCCGGGAGCACGACGCACAAUUCCUUCUCACUUACCGGCAAGACCAUUGCCAUCACCGGUGGCGGUCGCGGACUCGGCAUCACGCUCGCCCUCGCGGUCGUCGAGGCGGGCGGCAACGUGGCCUGCCUCGACAUCCUCAGCGAACCAUCCGCAUACGAAUGGACAAGUCUGUUGGCGCUAGCGAAGAAGACAGGUCGCAGCGUGACCUACCAUCGCUGCGACGUGACGGACGAGACAUCCAUCGAGACCGUCAUGGACGCCGUGGCGAGGGAUGCCACCGCCCGCCAGGCGCCCUUUUGGGGGACGAUUGCGUGCGCGGGCAUCCAGCAGCAGGUGCCCGCGCUCGACUACCCGGCAGCCGACUUUGAUAGGAUCCUGCGCGUCAACGUGACGGGCGUCUUCAACACGGCCAAGUACGCGGCGCGCGUGCUGCGACGCGAGGGGCGGCCGGGCAGCAUCGUCCUCAUCUCGAGCAUGUCGGGCAACGUGGCGAACCGAGGGCUCAGCUGCUCCGCGUACAACAGCAGCAAGGCGGCCGUGCAGCAGAUGUGCCGGUCGGUGGCGCAGGAAUGGGGGCAGUACGGUAUCCGUGUGAACACUCUGUCGCCUGGUGUAAGUUUUCCCUCCGUCUGUCUGAUGGCCCCAGCGCUGACCAGCCAGUACAUCCGGACGGCCAUGACGGACCAGCUGCUCCAGGAGAACCCGGACGUGGAGAGGACGUGGAUGGCCGGCGCGCUGCUGGGUCGUCUGGGUGCGCCCGAGGACUUCAAGGCGCCGGCCGUCUUCCUCCUCAGCGAGGGCGCGGCCUUUGUGCACGGGAGCGACCUGCGCGUCGACGGGGGUCAUUGCGCGUCCGCAUAG